UUUUUAGGAAGCUGAAAAGCCUAACCUCAUCAAACUACCAAAACUGUAGUUGAGCGGUUCCUGAAUAUGGGAAAUCUACUUUAGUUUCUCUAUUUUUCUCUCAUUUUCUCCGCAACCAAACGGCAGACCAGAUGUUUGAUGAAAUUUCUGUUUGACACUGAAAUGCGUCUCAGUAACAUUAGCACAUUUUCGAACUCACAGACGCCAACGCCCAGUUGGAGCAAUGGAUUGCAGAGUCUCGACCAUUACCUUGUGCCCCAUCCCAUUGGAGAGAAAUUUUACAACAAAUGGAAGGUUAACUUUGGUGGUGCAUUCAAGUACUAGGAGAAGGCAACCCAAGUGCAUUCGUUAUCCACGGCGCACAAAGAGUCCGCCGGACUUUGGUGUCAAUUUAUUCUUGAAGAAGACAGGCAUGAACUCCAUAGACCCAUCACUAACCGAUUUGAUAGAUGAUAAAAAAUCUCAGUUAGCUGAAGAAGAAGAAGAAGAAGACAAAGAAGAACAAGAACAGGACGAAACUGAAGGAGUAGGAGAAGAUACUGGUGUUGCUUGGGAUUCAGAUGAGAUUGAAGCGAUCUCGUCCCUUUUCCAAGGGAGAGUCCCUCAGAAACCUGGAAAGUUGAGUAGAGAAAGGCCGCUACCACUACCUUUUCCCUACAAACUCCGACCUUUGGGGCUUCCUACACCAAAGAAACAUGUUAAAUCAACUUCUCCAACGGCAGUUUCUUAUCGUGCUUCCCUAUCAAAACAAGUGUACAAAAACCCCAGAGUCCUUAUUGCUAUAGCCAAAGAGAUCAGAAGCCUCAGUUCAGAGGAAGAUGUGUCAGUAAUUCUCAACAAGUGGGCUAGGUUUCUGAGGAAGGGGUCCCUGUCAUUGACAAUUCGGGAAUUGGGUCACAUGGGUCUUCCUAAUAGAGCUCUACAGAUAUUCUGUUGGGCUCAGAAACAACCUCAACUUUUUCCUGAUGAUCGGAUUUUAGCUUCAACAGUCGAAGUCCUGGCAAGGAACCGUGCGCUGAAAAUGCCAUUCGACUUGGAAAAGUUUACUGGUUUGGCAAGCCGCGGUGUGAUUGAAGCAAUGGUGAGAGGGUUCAUAAGAGGAGGAAGCUUGCAUCUUGCCUGGAAGCUUCUACAGGUCGCCAAGGAUGGUAAAAGAAUGUUGGAUCCCAGCAUUUAUGCAAAGUUAAUAUUGGAGCUUGGGAAGAACCCAGAUAAACAUAUGCUUGUUGUAGCCUUACUAGAUGAUCUUGGAGAAAGAGAAGAUUUGAAUUUAAGCCAGCAGGACUGUACAGCUAUCAUGAAAAUCUGCAUUAGGCUUGGCAAAUUUGACAUUGUAGAGAGUCUGUUUAAUUGGUUCAAACAAUCUGGGCAUGAGCCAAGUGUGGUAAUGUACACUACUCUGAUUCAUAGCCGCUAUUCUGAGAAGAAAUACAGGGAGGCAUUGGCUGUGGUCUGGGAAAUGGAGACUUCUAAUUGCCUCUUUGAUCUUCCAGCUUUUCGUGUGGUAAUAAAGGUUUUUGUUGCUCUGAAUGAUCUCUCAAGGGCUGCAAGAUAUUUUUCAAAGCUUAAAGAGGCAGGGUUCUCUCCAACUUAUGACAUAUACCGUGACUUGAUUAGAAUCUACAUGGUUUCUGGGAGACUGGCAAAGUGUAAGGAGGUCUGUAAGGAUGCAGAGAUUGUAGGAUUCAAGUUGGAUAAAGAAACAACUUCACAGUUGUUGCAGUUUGAAAGAGAAAAAGGGUUCAGUAUGUAGAAUUACCAUGACUUUGUGUAAAUAUUGAUGCUCCUUUUUCUUUUAAUUUUUGUUUGAAGGGCCGAGGAAGAGGGGACUGUGAUGUUAUCUUAUCAAAGACAAAUAGAUAUCAAGGAUAUUUGCUCUUUCUUUCAAAUAUCAUCACAAAGUUUGGAUCUAAGAUUUGGGACAGUUUAAAUUGAUUGAAAACAACCCUUGACGAAUAAAGACAUCCACACAUUUGAAGAACACAACUGCAGCUACAUCAAUAGUGUAUAAUAUAAAGUGGCACUGGAUAAAUGGAGGGAAGUAAAACGGUUUCAUAGUGAUUUGCAUAGUAUAGGGAAUGAGUUUAUCAAGCUGCGUUUGAAAGUGUGUUCUAUUGCAU